AUGGUGUCGAGAAGUUUUGGUUGCAGGUCGAAAUCAACAUCCUUAGCGAUAGCUCCAGAGGCUUUGAUCUUGUGUUGGACCUCGUCGAGACAGCGCAGAAUGGCCCUUUGCGGAGUGGCAUUGCCGUCGUCUUUCCAGAAGCCGAACUUGAACUCUUUGCCAGCAAACUCGUCAGGCGACUUCCAUGGAAUCGACAGCACUUUAGGAUCGAUGUUCCACAGCUCUCCCUUGACAAUCAAUUCGAAAAUUAGGUUCACAUCUUUUAGACUCUUACCCAUUGGACCAAUAACAGAGGGAACCAGCUCCUGGUAG